AUUUCUUGUACAUCCACCAUGCCCUACACCUGCUGCCUGCCCGCCCUGAGCUGCCGCACCAGCUGUUCCUCCCGGCCCUGCGUGCCCCCCAGCUGCCACGGCUGCACCCUGCCCGGGGCCUGCAACAUCCCCGCCAACGUGGGCAACUGCAACUGGUUCUGCGAGGGCUCCUUCAAUGGCAGCGAGAAGGAGACCAUGCAGUUCCUGAAUGACCGCCUGGCCAGCUACCUGGAGAAGGUGCGCGAGCUGGAGCGCGAGAACGCGGAGCUGGAGCGGCGCAUCCAGGAGCGGAACCAGCAGCAGGAGCCCUUGCUGUGCGCCAGCUACCAGUCCUACUUCCGCACCAUCGAGGAGCUGCAGCAGAAGAUACUGUGUAACAAGGCGGAGAACGCCCGACUGGUGGUGCAGAUCGACAAUGCUAAGCUGGCCGCCGACGACUUCAGGACCAAGUACGACACGGAGCUGUCCCUGCGGCAGCUGGUGGAGUCCGACAUCAACGGCCUGCGCCGGAUCCUGGACGAGCUGACCCUGUGCAAGUCCGACCUGGAGGCGCAGGUGGAGUCGCUGAAGGAGGAGCUGCUCUGCCUCAAGAGGAACCAUGAGGAGCUGGCGCAGGUGCAGCAGCUGAUCAGCAGCGUGGAGUCGCAGCUGGCGGAGAUCCGGGGUGACCUGGAGCGGCAGAACCAGGAGUACCAGGUGCUGCUGGACGUGCGGGCGCGGCUGGAGUGCGAGAUCAACACGUACCGGGGGCUGCUGGAGAGUGAAGACUGCAAGCUGCCCUGCAACCCGUGUGCCACCACCAAUGCGUGCGGCAAGCCCAUCGGGCCCUGCGUCGCCAAUCCCUGCACACCCUGCCCGCCCCCUGCCCCUUGCACGCCUUGCGUCCCUCGCCCCCGCUGUGGGCCCUGCAAUUCCUUCGUGCGCUAG